AUGGAGGAAGAGCGAGGCAGAGCUGGUGGUGCUAAGAACUAUGAGGGCCCUUCUUCUUUGUCAGAGCUGGACAAAGGCUUCCUCACAGACUGCAGCCUGUCUGCUUUGUCCAUUGAGGGAAUCCAUUUGAAGCCGCCCAAAGGGAUUGUUGUGGAGUAUUCAGAAGGCAAUCCUGCCCCGCCAGCUUCUUUCAACCCCUCUUCUGGUGUUUUGUCACCUUUGAAUGCCCCCAGUAAGAGCUCCCUGCUAUCUCCAAGCAGCACCCUGACUGCUGGCCUUAACAGUUUGAUCGAGGGCAAGUCCUCCACGCCUUACGAGAGGGUUACAUUUCAAAAGCCUGUUCUGGUUAGCUCGCUGGACCUGUCCUGCAUUGAUCUGACCACCUCUCACCCGCCAUGGGAAGUCUCACUCAUCAGGCCCGCCUUAGAGAGCCCAAAGCCGUGUUUGGACUCAAGCAAGUUGGAGUCAACAUGGAGCCCCAGUUAUCAGUCGGUUCCCCCAGCGCUGGCAGAGAUCUCCUCACUGAUCUGGUCUGGGACACCCACUAGUAAAUCUGCCAUUGAGGAGUAUCAGAGGUCACGUAAGGAAUCCACUUUCCAGGAUUCGAACCUGCGCCAUGCUGUUCUGGAGCUUACAGAGGAGCAGCAGAAGAGUCUGGCCAGAAACCUUGCAAUCUAA